AUAAAAAGAUGUACGGAGACACUUGUAAGAUGCAAUGUGGGGCCUGUCUGGGAUAUAAACAAUGUCACCACGUUAAUGGUUCUUGUCUUGAUGGUUGUGACGCGGGAUAUGAAGGAAACCUUUGUAAAAUAGCUUGUUCUAAUGGAAAGUUUGGAAGAAAUUGUAGACAAAACUGCAGUAGAAACUGUGCCUACCCUAACAGGUGCGAUGGAACCUCUGGGGAGUGCGAAGGGGGUUGUAAAGCUGGCUGGCAGGGGCCUCAGUGCAAUGAUAAAUGUUUUGAUGGAACAUAUGGAGCAAACUGCAGUGAACGCUGUGGAAAUUGUCUACUUCAAUCGAGUUGUCAUCAUGUGAAUGGAACUUGUUUAGAUGGGUGCAGUGAAGGCUACCAGGGAAUUCUAUGUAUAGAUGAGUGUGAGCCAUACAAUUAUGGAAUCGACUGCAUGCACAACUGUAGUGCUGAAUGUAUUAAUGAAACUUGUGACUCCAAAACUGGAUAUUGUGAUGGACUGCAGAAAUCCAUACCUCAGACGAAUGGAGAUGAUAUUUUAAUACCAGUCAUUGGAGGAGUUUUGGGGGUAGUCGUAGCGAGUAUAAUAAUUAUAACGGCAGUGCUGCUGAUAAGGAGGCAAGGUGGACUCAGCUCAACAAUGUAUGAAGCAGACAAUGCACCAACUGAUCAAGUCAAUAAAGGAAAAGCUUCAAGGAAAGAUGGAGAAACGGGUUUUUCUGAUAUUUAUUUAAAACCAGUUUCAUCAAGAAAUCGAGAAGAACAUUAUGAAAAUGUACCAAAUGAAAAACCCUUUCUUUCUCCAAAGAUAGAUCAAGAUAUAGAUGAAGACGAGUUAAUACAUUCGGAAAAUCCCUAUGGGGAAUUUUAUGCCAAUGAGACAGUCAUCGAGGAUAUCCUUUUGAAAGACCUCGAAUCGGUUAUCGCCGAGAAGAGGAAAAAAGAAGAUGACGGAUUUCAGAAAGAAUACGCAACAUUGCCUUACGGGGAAAAGUAUAGAUGUGACGCCGGGAAGAAAGAUGAAAACAUGGUUAAAAAUAGAUUUAAAACAACGUUUCCAUAUGACCACUCAAGGGUAAUUCUGAAUACUGGGACAGGAUCAGACUACAUAAAUGCCAAUUACAUUACCGGUUCAAGAAAAGACAAGGAGUACAUUGCAGCACAAGGUCCAAGACAGAAUACAGUCGCUGAUUUUUGGGCUAUGAUUUGGCAAGAACACGUUUCUACAAUUGUUAUGUUGACCAACCUAAAGGAAGGAAACAAGACAAAAUGCACUAAGUAUUGGCCACAUGAAAACAACAACAUUGACGAUGGUACUUUUUCUGUCAAUAUAAUUGAGGAAAAAGUAUACGCUUUCUACAAAGUUCGGAAGAUGUCAUUAAUCCAUAAGAGAACAAAUAAAUCUCGUGUGGUGACGCAAUACCAUUAUACUGCUUAGCCAGACCAUGGAACCCCUGAUCCUCUCUGUCUUGUUGUCUUUCUUGAUCACGUGACGAGAACAGUAACCAAUCAGAACUGUCCAACCCUUGUGCACUGCAGUGCAGGUAUAGGAAGGACAGGGACCUACAUAGCAAUAGACGUUCUGAACAAGAUAGGAAGAAAGACAGGGAAAGUUAACAUAGCAGAGUAUAUCAAGAAGAUGAGAGAAAAUAGGAUGAAUAUGGUCCAAACCUAUGAACAGUAUAUGACCAUUUUUCUUGCAUUAAACGAAAUAUUUAAAUCACCUGUAAAUACCAUAACGGUUGCCGACUUCAUCAAAAAUGUGGAGACCAUAUCCAUUGACAAACCUGCAAAUCAAAGUACUUUACGAAAAGAAUUUCAGACCCUGAUGAAGAUACGUCCUGUCUACACAGACUGUGACUACAAGUUAGCAAUACAGAGCCUUGUGGAAGCACAUUCUAUCGGCAUACUACCUUUGGACAAGUAUAGCAUUCAUCUUCCGUCCAAUGUACCAAAACGAGGGAGUUUCAUAAACGCUAUCUGUUUACCGUCUUUUAUCAACAGUAAAGCGUUCAUAGUAACGCAUUAUCCCCCGGCAGAGGACGCCGUGGACUUCCUGCGCUUGCUCAGUGACCAUGAAUCUGACAUUGUGAUUUGUAUGGACCCACUUAAAGAGGUUGACUCGAGUUCGUCGUGGUUUCCUAAUCCCUCCUCCUCAAAAUCAGUCAAUCCAUAUACGGUUCAUUGGCAGUCUAUAUCAAACACUGAAGUUAAAAGCACCGCCAUUCAUGUUUUGCAGAACAAGAGUGAAGAUGAGGUUCAUUCUGUCACUGUCAUCGAACCAAAGGUCGGAAUUAAAAUAUCCGGAAAGCCUCUGGACACUUUUCAGAUUCGGAAUCUUGUAGUUGCUGCAUUAAACGUGAAGACAGAAAAUCCAAUCACAAUAAUCUGCAGCAAUGGAGCGUCCCUGUGUGGAGUUUUCUGUGCUGUUCAUAACGUGAUACAACAGAUUAACACAGACGACUGUAUUGAUAUUUUCACUGUCGUCAGACAACUUCAAGUUAGAAGACCAGAAUUCUUUUCCAGUUUUGAUGAAUACAGCUUUGCCGUAAAAUGUGUGUACGAUUACAUUCAAAGUACCACGGAGAACAUAUACUGUAAUCAAUAAGAUGGGAACUUGCAACCUUUCUCAGACUAAAGGCUUUCGCCCUGAAAGUUCUCCGAAGUUAGACGUCUGUUUCAUGCAAAAUGCAUCUAUAGCAGCUUGUAAAGUCCUAGUUUUUUAAGCUAUGUAAGCUUACAACAUGUAUUACCUGAGUGUUAUUGUUUCAUUUUCUUGUUUGAUGAAAAUUAUGAAUGAAUUCUGUGAACGAGGGUCGUUCAAUUAAUAAUGCAAUAUGCUAUCUAAAAUAAGAAAAGUACAGAUUCUUAAUAUGUUCAAUUCCUCAAAGCAUCCCCUGUUACUCUUUUUACAAUUCUUUGUUUAGAACACCACAGCAUACUUAUCUAUGAGAAUACCCAUAGCAAUUAUAAAUAAUCUUCCCUUGAAAUAUCUAAUAAAUUUCUGUCUUCCUUUAAUUCUUUUAAUGCUUUUUUUUUGGAAUACAAAGAUCCAACAAUAACUGCAGUCAAGCGAAUAUUUGCGAUGGAAAAGCCCUGAAUUUAAUCUUUUUCUCUUUCUUAUCCAUCUGAAAAUUAUUAUACAGCUGCAGUAAAAAUCAAUUCUUAACAUAUCAAUAUCAAAUCUUUAAUAUACGUUUUCUGACGAUUUAUUUAAAAUAUUAUUAUAUUAAUAAGCUCUCUUUUUUUCAUUCCCUUGACAUUCUUGAGAUCAUCCAUCAAUAGUUUUCAGUUCAGUGUUGUUACCACACCUACUUAAAAAUGAAUACAAAUACUUUGCAAGGACAAAACGAUACAUCAUGGGUAUUUUUUAGAAUAGGGGAUCUUGAAUAAAACGUUUUAAAUGUGAAAAAAAUACUAUGCAUUGCUUUACUUAUUGAAAAACCCUCGUACUCUGGUUUGAAAUAGUUGAAUGUAAAGUGAACUUUUUAGACAGAAACAUUAAUAUAUUUAUUUGUGUCUUGGUAAUUUUAUGUUACACAUUUUUUGCUUAAAAUAGAUUGUUCAAUUAGCGAGUGACACUUCCAAGCAUGUUACAAAGAAACAGAGUACAAUGUAUCAGAACCGAUUAUUUUCCUAUAGAGACAUUACUCAAUACAUUUAAAACUUUCACUUAGUUUACGUAAUGGUAACACCUGUCAUUUGUACAUAUACUGUCGAUUAAUACAUAUUGAGAUGUGUAGAUUUCGGUCUAUAAUUUUGAAAGAAAAAUAAAAUUCGUUUUGUUU